UAGUAUUCUGCUUAUCAUCAUGAGUAAUUCACGUUGGUCUACAAUCGCAUCAACAUUAACAAAUGUUGAAGGGGCACGCGCAAAAGAUGGGCAGUCAACAAAAGGAAGCGCGGUUAUGCUGAAAAGUGUUUCAAUACUCAUGGCAUCUGCAAGGCGAGCAAGUGGCAAGAGUAAAAAUGGGGAUGGGUCUUUAGGAAGGAAUCUUCCGACGAGAAAGAAAGUUCAUAGAAAAUUGUCUAAACUAGAUGAACAACAGGGUAAAUUGCAUCCAAAAGUUAUGGAAUACUACAAGAAAAAGACUCAUUUCUCAAAAACAGAAAUAGAAGCUUUAGUGCGAAUGUACCGCAAGUUAGUUUCGAACUGUCAUAUUGGAUCAAGAUCUCUUGCUACUAAUAGCGGAGGUUCUUCCAUAGCAAAGCCACAUUCAACAGUCGAAGGUAUUGAAAGAUCUGUUUUUCGUGAAUUAUUACAUUCGACGUUUGAUGUUGUAACCGAAGAAGCACUAAUGGAACGCAUAUUUUGUGCAUGGGAAAGGGGACAUGAAGGAAUGCCUAUACGACUUGAAGGUUGGUUGGUCGGAAUAUCUGUUUUAUUAAGGGGUACACAUCAGGAAAAAACUGCUUUUUGCUUUCGAGUUUACGAUUUAAAUGGAGAUGGAUUUGUAACAAGAGAUGAAAUGUUUGUUUUGUUAAGAAAUUGCUUAAUCAAACAACCACAAGAUGAGGAUCCAGAUGAAGGAGUAAGAGAUCUUGUAGAAAUUGCUUUGCGUAAAUUGGAUAUUGACAAAGAUGGAAAGGUUUCUUUCCAAGAUUAUACAACUGCUGUGACUGAACAACCCCUGUUAUUAGAGGCAUUUGGACAAAUUCUACCUUCAGAAGGCGCCACUGUUUCAUUUCUGUCCACAUUACAAUCUUAAGUUUAAAAUAUUUUAUUUAAUAAUGUAAAUAAAGUAAAAAAAGAACUUUUUUCCAUUCAA